CGUAAGCGCAGAGCGCUUCCCCUAUCGCGUUUCAUCGCUCACAUGCUCUCAGCUAUGCAGGUUUACCGCAGGUUAUGACAGUGCCAACGUCAUUUUCAAGCCUGUUGCUGAUGUUAAGACUCUUAUGAUGUUUUGAAGUAAAUGCCCCAUUUUGCGUGUAGGGAAGCGUUUAUACCAUUUAUGCAUUGUUGCAAGAUGACUCCACUUAUUUUCGUGUAGCCUAAACUGGUGGUGUGGGGGAAAGUAAACGCGCUCGAUCCGAUGGCAUGAAACGCAACCGCUACCUUUGGUUUCAGAAAGGAACAGUGAAUUCUUACUCAGGUGUGAUCGAGUUUUCCUCCCGAGAAUUGAUCGCACCAUCAAGCAACAUAUAGACCUCUCGGGGAUUAAACCGGUCAAGACUACCUGGAGUGACUGUGGAUCGCGGGCCACCAUGCAAAGCGCCGAAGAUGCGAAGAGGAAAUUGGAUUUGUUGGAGGAUAACCAAAUGGACUCUGGUGUUGAAUCCUUCCCGUCAUUAAUGAAAGAUGACCCCUUUAUCAAAACAGAUCAGGAUCCGACUUCUGAACCCAGUGAAGCCAGGGAUAAAUUGACUAUCACCAGCACAGAGGAGCGGUUGGAUUCUGCUUAUGGCUCAUCGUCACUAAAUGUUGAGAGUUUGAGUGAGAUUAUAGGGGGCUGCAACAUUUCGAAGUGUAAAGAUGACAGCGCAGAGAACACAGAAUGCAGUGAACACGAAGAAAACCUUCUCACCACCAUCACUGAAGAUGGAGACACAGUCCUGCAUUUAGCCAUCAUCCAUGAAGAUGAACACUUUGCCAACCAACUGGUACAGCUGUUCCCCAAAGAUGUCUUGGACAUCCAGAACAACUUGUACCAGACGCCGCUACACCUUGCCACCUACCUGAGCCUGUCUUCGGUGGUGCGGGCCCUUGUGGAGAGCGGGGCCAGCCUGGAGCUGCAGGACCAGGAGGGCAACACGCCGCUCCAUGUGGCCUGCGAGCAGGGCCAGGCCAAAUGCGCCACCGAGAUGACCCGGGAUGUCUCCCCCAGCAAGCUGGGCUCCGUGCUGGAGACCCAGAACUGGAGAGGUCUCACCUGUCUCCACUUAGCCACUGUGAACAGACAGCAUUGUCUGAUGAAGCUACUGAUGAAGAAAGGGGCUGACCUCAACAUCCAGGAAGGUACAAGUGGUAAGACAGCUCUCCAUCUGGCCGUGGAGCUCCAUGACGCAAUCUCUGUGACUCUGCUGCUGAACAAGGGAGCUGACAUGGACGCUGCCAUGUUCAACGGCUGCACGCCACUUCACCUGGCGGUGGGCCGGCAGGACGCAGCCAUCGCCAACCUGCUCUGCCAGUCUGGGGCCGACAAGAUGCUGAGGAACAUGGAGGAUGAGACGGCACUGGAUCUAGCCGACGGCAAUGAUGAUAUCCUUGCUCUUUUCCCUUUUGAUGACAUUCAAAUCCAGGGCAGGUCAGUGGUUGGAGGGCCAUUCUGAGUGUACUCUCACCACCUGAAUAUACUCUACAGCUGGACACAUUUUGAAUCUUGAACAUUGAGCCUCAUCGGAAAACUGUAGCUUUACUUCAAUCAUGUUUCUUAUUGUGUGAUGGUUUACUUUAAUUUAUAUUGUGUGUACACUGAGUGAACAAAACAUUAGGAACACCUGCUGAUAUAGACUGACCAGGUGAAUCCAGGUGGAAGCUAUGAUCCCUUAUUGUUAAAUCUAUUUCCAUCAGUGUAGAUGAAGGGGAGGAGACAGGUUAAAGAAGGAUUUUUAAGUCUUGAGACCUAAGAGACAUGGAUUGUGUAUGUGUGCCAUUCAGAAGGUGAAUGGGCAAGACAAAAUAUUUAAGUGACUUUGAAUGGGGUAUGGUAGUAAGGGCCAGGUGCACCAGUUUGAGGGUGUCAAGAACUGCAUACUCUGCUGGGUUUUUCAUGCUCAACAGUUUCCUGUGUGUAUCAAAAAUGGCCCACCACCCAAAGGACAUCCAGUCAACUUGACACAUUUGUGGGAAGCAUUGGAGUCAACAUGGGCCAGCAUCCCUGUGGAACGCUUUGGACACCGUGUAGAGUCCAUGCCCCGAUGAAUUAAAGCAGUGUUUAGUUCAAAGGGGAGGGGCGGGGGGGUGCAACUCAAUGUUAGGAAGGUGCUCCUAAUGUUUUGUACAUCAUGACUAUAUACUAUAUGGGCUGAAUACUAACCUGCAAUCUGCAUGCCUUUUGUGUUAAUCAUGCAUUGAAGUCAAUGUAAGAUUGAGUUGUGCAUGAAAAGUCAAAGUUAGGAUUUGUCCCUCUGCAUGAGAAAUUCACAUUGAAAAGUAGCUUUUUCUCCACUAGCAAAAGGUACAAAGGGGGAAAUGUAUAUCUACUGAAUCGGUUCUAUACCCAUAAUCCAAUACUAGGAGCAGUUAAAUCUCACUUGGAAACUAAAUGAACUACAUUCAUUUACUAUCAAAAACAGAUGAUUAUGAGUGGGAAGAAUUCAAAUGUUUAAUUUCCCUGUAAAAUACAAGGAAUCUACCUCUAUCAAAUGUGUAUACUAACUGAUUAAGAAAAUGCAUUGCUGUCAUGCUGUAAGUGAAAAUAGUUUAAGCUCUCAGAAUGGAACUUUACAUUUAAAAAAAACUUUAGUCACUGUAAAUCUGUUAUCAUAAAGAGGUUCUUUAUCUAUUAUCAUAACUUAAUAUCUUUCAUUGUAUAUUUCAUUUAAUGGUUUAUACUUUGAAUGUAUUGCCUUGCCAGUAUCUUUGUUGGUAAGACACAUUUUAUCAUAAUAGAUGUAUUUUCCAAUACAGUUCUAUUUUCCCUGUUUAACCACCCUCCUUCUCUCUGAUCAAUUAGCUUUGAUCUUUGAGCCUUCUCUUAACAGUUUCAAACUCUUAUAUUUUGUAAUAAACAGAAUAUAAUCAACACCA